CUUCGGUGCACGUGUCAACUCGGCCAGCAAACCGGACUAAACGUCACAUUCCUGCAUUCCCGUUUUCCUUUGCAUGGGAUGUCGGAGUUAGCUCCCCCGUAGACACCUAAUCCUCUUCCCACUUUUCUUCAGGAGAAACACACCCAUGUCACGGCGGUUGUGAUCCCGGGAAGUGAACCCAGGUUUCCCAGGAGUCAGAAGCUCACUUCGGGUCACUUUCCUCCCUCCCUCCCUCCCCCUCCUCCCCUUCCACCCGUCACAGCGCCGGUUGCCAUGGAGAACUCCUCGGUGGCGUCUGCAUCCUCUGAGGCCGGGAGCACACGCUCGCAGGAGAUAGAGGAGCUGGAGCGCUUCAUUGACAGCUAUGUGCUGGAGUACCAGGUGCAGGGGAUUCUGGGAGACAAGACAGACAGAGAGUUGGAGCUGGACAAUGGUGGCAAGGUGCCACAGUGGACUGAUGACUGUAACAACAAGAAAGAUGGCAGCUGGACGUCUUCAAGGGGAAGAGGCUCAUUCAAGCCAGAUGAGUGGGAGCACAGCAGUAAUGGCAGCACAGGUUCCAGACCCAGCUCAGGAUCCAGACCAGGAUCAGGCUCCCGCUCUGGUAGCAGAGGCAGAAACAACCAGUUUAAAGGCCCUGCAAAGAACGGGAAUAGAGAGGGCUCCUUUGACAUCCUGGGGACAGACAUAUGGGCCGCCAACACGAUGGACUCACACGGAGGUGCAGGCUGGGACGUGCAGCCAGAGAAGCUGGACUUCAGUCAUUUCCACAGGAAACACUUCAGAGGAACGCCAAAGCACCUGCCUCACAUUGACAGAGAGGGGAUGAACAAAAACAAGUUUGAGGAAGAUGACGGCAUAGACAUGAAUGACAUAGAGAGGUUCCUGCCAAGUCUGCGCUCUGUCUUCCCACCCCUUCCUAACGAGGCUGAGAUCGCACACACCAAAAAGCUCUUCCGACGCAGGAGGAAUGACCGACGAGUGAUUGAUCAGUUCACCCGAGAGCAGUUAACCAUACUUCUGCCCACUGGCCCCGGGGGACAGCGACGAGUCUCAGCCAGGAGACAGCAGCGACCUCAGGGAGGACAAGGAGGAGGUGGAGGUGGAGGAGGAGGCGGAGGAGGUGGUGGAGGAGGGAAGAACCAACCACCUCAGCUGAUACAACAACAGUCACCACAGCACCAGAGGGAUCACACCCAACAGCAGUCCCCAAACCAACAGCAGCAGAACACAUCAGAAAUAGGAGAUAACAGAAACAUCAGUGCUGGUCGACCACCUCGCCAGUAUCAAGGAGGACAUGGGCAGCGCCAAGGAGGAGCCUCACACCACGGAUAUAGCCAGAACCGGCGUUGGCACCACAAUCAGAAGGGCCCGGGGCAUGGACAGACAAACUCUCCAUGUGAUAGAGGAGUAUCUCCACGAACAACCAAAGAGACAGAGAAUGUAAAAGCAGGUGACGAGAUCAGAUCACAUCAAGACUGCAAAAGCAAGAGUCCCAAUGAGUCACCCAAAUACGAGUCAACGCCCAGUAAAAACAUUUUUCCAGAUCCAACAGUUAGCAAAGAGUCACCCAAUCCAGCAGGAGGUUGGAAGGCAGGCGAGGGCCAGUCAGAGUGGCCCCAAAUCAGCCUGCUGCAGUCUUCAAAGGAGAGGCUGAGGAGGAGACUAAAGGACAAGGAGGACUCGCGCGUGGAGGCGUCAGGCUCCGGCCCACAGAGAAUGGACCGGCUGGUGGAGCUCCUCAACAGCAUGAGGAGCAACAGCAGCGGCGUGGAGCAGCAGCUGCAGUCCUUCAUGGAGGAGGCGCAGAACUCAGCGCGCUCAGAGGAAACCCUCGCUCAGGUGGUCAGCACCAUCUACUCCAAAGCGGUGUCAGACCGGAGCUUCGCCGCCACUGCCGCCAAGCUCUGCGACAAGAUGGCGCUGUUUAUGGUGGAGGGGACAAAGUUCAGAUCGCUGCUCCUCAACAUGCUGCAGAAAGACUUUGCUACUCGAGAGGAGCUCCAGCAGUCGGAUGUAGAGAGGUGGUUGGGUUUCAUCACCUUCUUGUGUGAGGUGUUUGGGACCAUGAGGAGCAGCUCCGGGGAGCCGUUCAGAGUGCUGGUGUGUCCCAUCUACACCUGCCUACGAGAGCUGUUAGAGUCUACAGAUGUCAAAGAAGAUGCAGUCCUCUGCUGUUCCAUGGAGCUGCAGAGUAUGGGGCGCCUCCUGGAGGAGCAGCUCCCAGAGAUGAUGAUCGAGCUCCUGGCCACCGUCAGGGACAAGAUGCUCUGUCCGGCCGAGUCCCAGCUGACCCGCUCACUGCUCAUGGAGGUCAUUGAGCUGCACGCACACCGCUGGAGCCCGCUGGAGGCUCUCACCACCCAAUACUACAACCGAACCAUCCAAAAGCUCACAACCACCACCUCAACCACUGCCUAGGUGCCAGCUGCCCCGGGAGGAGAAGAGACAAGACCCCCAGUGACGUUCUGAAGAUGAGCUUCCAACAGAUUUACCAAAAUAAAAACAUGAACACAUUUCUCUUAUA